AUGAUACAAAAUUCGAUUGUUAAAAAAACUCAAAAAUCUACUGUUAAUCAACUUGAACAUGAUGUUGGUACAGAUAAUAAUAUGAAAGAUGUUGAUGAAGAUCAAUCUAGUACUGAAACAAUCUUGUAUUGUCCAAAAUGUAACAGUAAUAUUGAAGAACAAGUUCCUGAAGAUAAUCAAUCUGGUGUUCAAACAAAAUCAAAAUUGUAUUUUUGUUACGAAUGUGAAUAUGUGAUCGAAGUCGAUGAUUAA